UAUACUCAAUACUCUGACUGAUGAAGGCCAAUGUGCUCCAGCAUGUUGUGUCUAUUUACUGUUAAAGGAUGCUUCCUUUAAUUCCAUCUCCUCCUGCUCUCUUCUUCCCCCUGUGUCUAUCCAGCUGCGCCUUUCAUGCAGUCACUGCCUUGUUACAGGAAACAAUUACCGACUUAGAGUGAACUGGCAGGGUUAGUUCCUGCUAUAGCAUUUCACCAUGAACCUUGAAGUAAGCAGUUCUUCGAAAGAAUUUCAGGAAUCCUAAAAUCUCCCCAAGGUUUGGCUUUGAUCACAUUGUUUCGAAAACAGAAUGUAUGAUGAGUUAGACACAAGGAACUUAAGAUGCUGUACUUUUUUAAUGGUUACAUGAAUAGCUUGCAAAACAAAGCUUUUAACUGUACUUAAGUAACUUAAGUUAUUUUUUUCAUAGGUCAGAAAAUUUACACAAUAUUAACCAGACCUUGUGGACAUGACUUCCGAAAAGUCCACCAGGGACUAGAAGUUAGACAACUUAUAUGGGACAAUUUUUACAUUUAACCAAGCCAAUUAACCUACAAACCAGUAAGUCUUUGGAAUGUGGGCGGAAACCGAAGAUCUCGGAGAAAACCCCACGCAGGUCACGGGGAGAACGUACAAACUCCGUACAGACAGCACCCGCAGUCAGGAUCAAACACGCGUUGUAAAGGACCUGUCCCACUUAGGAGACCUAAACGGCAACCUCGGGUGACCUUGCCUGCCACCCAAAAAAAAAAAUGCAAGGUCGAGGUGACCUGCAACCUCCUACGCAUAUGUUGAAAACCUUCCUCGACUAUGAAGAAAACCGGCUUCGACUAGACCUGCGACUAAAAAAACGAUCAAUUUUAAGGCAGCAACUCUGCCGCUGCGCCACCGUGACCUCCACACUAUCGUAGCAAAUCACAUCAAAAGCCACCGCACACCAUCGUAAUGUAUAAGUGAAGAAGAGUGAGAGAAGAAACUAGUUCUGCCAAAGAUCGACACUCUGUGCUGGAGUAACUCAGCAGGUCAGGCAACGCGCUAUGGGAAUGCAACUCCUCUCCAAGCUUGCACAGAGCGGGUCCGGGGGGAAUGUGUGUGGCCCGGUGACAAAUAAACAAGCUGGGAGGGACUGGAGGCUUUGCAAGUGAAGUAACAUUUCAUUUAGAUUUAAAAAAAGGCGUGGAAACAGGUUGAAGAGGCGAGGGAGAGAGAGAGAGUGCGGGCAUUGGCUCUGCGGGCCAACGUCAGGCUGGGAGAGGGUGACUGACGCAGAUAUACCUGGGGCACACCUGGACCACACCUGGAUACACCUGGACCACACCUGGAUACAUUGGGAGAUAAAAAGAGACGGCAGAGGCAGCUCAGGCUGAGUGAGAGAGAGAGACCGAACGAACAGCAACGUUAACCUCUACAGCAAACACAACACAAGACAAGACAAGACAAGGCAGGAUGAAGUGGAAGCUAAUUGUGGCACUGCCCUUCCUGCUCUCCCUGUUCAACCAUGGAUCUGCCCAGAGCACGCCCAGGGGCUGUGGGCCUGACCUCCUGUCUAUCUACUUCAACCUGUGUGACCUGGACGCAGUGUGGGGGAUCGUGCUGGAGGCGGUGGCUGCCCUGGGAGUCAUCGUCAGCUUCAUACUGAUGGUGAUCCUCCUGGGCAUCACCCCAUUCAUCGCCGACAGCCGCAAGAAAGCCUCCGUCCCCGUACACUGCAUCUUCCUGCUGGCCACCAUGGGACUGUUCGGCCUGACAUUCGCCUUCAUCAUCCAGUCCGAUCAGAGGACUUGUCCCACCAGGGUCUUCCUCUGGGGGGUGCUGUUUGCCAUUUGCUUCUCCUGUUUGCUGGCCCAGGUGUGGAGGGUGGUGAAGUUGGUCAGGUCAGGAACGGGGCCAUCCGCAUGUUGCAUGGUCACCUUGGUCCUGUGCCUGACGUUAGUCCAAGUCAUCAUUGCCAUCGAAUACCUGGUGCUGGUCAUCUCCCGCUUCGGGGCCCCUUGCCAAUACAACAGUGCCGACUUCACCAUGCUGCUCAUCUACGUCAUGUUCCUGAUGGCUCUCACCUUCAUCCUGUCCAUGUUCACCUUCUGCGGCCAAUAUCGCAAGUGGAAGAAGUAUGGGGCCCACGUCUUUGUCACCAUGCUCCUCUCCAUCGCCAUCUGGGUGGUGUGGAUCGUCAUGUUGGUGAGGGGCAACGCCUCGUUGGGCAGGAGCCCCGCCUGGGAUGACCCCACCCUCAGUAUCGCCCUGGUGGCCAAUGGCUGGGUCUUCCUCCUUUUCUACAUCAUCCCCCAGCUCCGCCACAUCACCUGCCCGGCCAAGACCGACGAUGGGCCCAUGGAGAGCGCGCCCCCAAAUCCCCGCAGCCCCGCCUUGGGUGGAGUGGACAACCAGAUGUUCAUCUACGAGGAGCCAGCCAGAGUAUUCCCCAAGAGUCGUUCCAGUAUUGCCUCCUCACCCACAUACAGUACCAACAUCCCAAUGGAAAACAAUGUGUACAACGUGCUGCCGGAGUUUGCCAUUCCUCGCCCACAGACCAAGUCCAGCUACUACCCCACACCCUUCCUGCAGGACCCCUACCUCAACUACCAGAACAGGCAGACCAACUUCUAGAGGGCUCGUGGACUGUGCAGGACCCCCUAUCCCGAGACCCAGACCAUGCAUCAGGCCCUCCCGUCUCACCCCGCUCACCUCCCUCACCAGUGUUGAAGGCACGCGACCAUUGAUACAAUGGAUCUGUUGACUUCCAGUCGCCCCAUGGUUACCCGAUGCUUGGUUGCACAGUAGCACAAGGUGUGCAGCUGGCCAACACCUCUGUUUACCCAAGGCCACCAGUUGAAAAGAUAAAAUGAAUGAAUGGUUUGAUGUAGAAUAUGAAUCAGAUGAUCGGCACUCGGGAUCUCGCUGUUCGAACGAUGUACCUUCUGUCCAACACUCUUGGCAUCGAAGGCCAUUGGAGCCGUAACGGACUCAAGAGGCUGCGUGAUCCUGUGCUCCGAGUUACAGCUUCAUACGAUAGAACUUUAUUUUUCCCAGGAGGGAAAAUGAACCAACAAGUCCAUAAAACUCAGCAAGAUACAUGAAACAUGAAAUUACAGUGACGAGGGGAAAGGAUGUGCAAAGAUUGGGGAGGGGGGGAGGGGGGAGGGGGAGGGUCAGUCUACCCCACGACAGAAGGGGGGUGGAGUUGUACAGUUUGAUAGCCACAGGGAAGAAGGACGGGAAAAGGCAGCAAGAUGUUUCAGGGCGAGACCCUUCUGACUCUUUUCGAGACUGAAGAGUCUGAAGAAGGGUCUCGUCCCGAAACGUCACCCAUUCCUUCUCCCCAGAGAUGGCACCUGUCCCGCUGAGUUACUCCAGCAUUUUAUGCCCAGCUAGGACACGCACACACUAAAACUUGCCAACGUCACCCUUUCCACAUGCUUCGCCUCCAAGCUCAAAGUGGGUGCGAUUACAAGGCAGACUCUCGAACAGCUUCAUCUGCCAGAUCGGGGGCAAGCAGAGUGUGAGAUAAAGUUCCCCCCAUCAAUGGUACUUUCUUGUGAAGGAAGGAACUGCAGAUGCUGAUUUACACCGAAGAUAGACACCAAAACGCUGGAGUAACUCAGCGGGACAGGCAGCGUCUCUGGAGAGAAGGAAUGGGUGACGUUUCGGGUCGAGACCCUUCUUCAGGCCCAACCCAAAACAUCACCCAUUCCUUCUCUCCAGAGAUGCUGCCUGUGUCGCUGAGUUACUCCAGCAUUUAGUGUCUAUAUUGGUAUUUCCAUCAAUGGAACUCCAUGGUCACAUGUACCGAGGUGCAGUGAAAUUCAAUUUGGGAUAAACUUCAGUACACUUAUCCAAGUGCACAUUAUAUGAUAUGUUAUUAUAUAUUAUUAUAUAUUAUAUAUUUAUGUUAUGUAAGUAAUACAUUAUAAGUAUAAUUAUACCAGUAUACAGAAGCACUUUGAUACAUCUUAGGUACGCAUUUCAGAUACUGUACAAGUGUUUAAUAGUUGUAUGCAGAUGCCAGCAAAAAUCGGCAGGCAUCAAAAGUUAAGAAUCCCAACUUCAUACCUUGGAGCUCCUCUAGUAAAACAAGCCAGCUGACGCGAGCGCUGGCUCAGAAUGUGUCUGGAUUUGAUUUAGUUGUUUGGGCGGCACGGUGGCUUAUCGUUAGAACUGCUGCCUUACAUCAACAGAGACCCAGGUUCAAUCCCGACUACGGGUGCUGUCUCUACGGAGCUUGUACGUUCCUCCCGUGACCUGCGUGGGUUUCACCCGAGAUCUUCGGUUUCCUCCCACACUCCAAAGACGUGCAGGUUUGCAGGUUAAUUGGCUUGGUAUAAAUGUUUAAAAAAAUGUCCCUAGUGUGUGUGUGUGUGUGUGGGAUAGUGUUGGCAUGGACUCGGUGGGCCGAAUGGGCCUGUGUCUGCGCUGUAUCUCUAAACUAAGCAAAUCUCCAUCCACCUACAUUGACUUUCCUAAUAACCUGCAGUGCAUCGUGUUAUCCUCCUGUGUCUUGUGUGUGAGGAUGGGUAGAUCCUUUUGUUCAGCAGUAUUCUGUAAUCUUUCCCAGUUAAAGCAAUAUUCUAUUUCUCCAUUCCAACCAAAGCAGAGUUUUCCGAAUUAUAUUCUAACCUCCAAUGUCUCCUCCUCCCCCACUCCUCCCCCACUCACUUAAUUAGAUACAUUCCCCUGCAGGAUCUCUGUUUCUUUGUCAGAUGUUGCUGUCUCGUUUCCCGAUAGCAUUUUAUUUUCCCCAAGUACCCAACAGCACUGAACAACAGCAGAACCUUGGCCUCCCUAACAGAAGUCAAGUGGCUAACGGAAUCAGGGGAUAUGGCGAGAAAGCAGGAACGGGGUACUGAUUUAGGAUGAUCAUACUGAAUGGCGGUGCUGGCUCGAAGGGCCGAAUGGCCUACCCCUGCACCUAUUUUCUAUGUUUCCUGGCAUCAGGAUCCGUCAGGCUGAGUGGACCUAGUGUAUAACUGUACAUUGUCUGUGUAACUUUAAUGUAAAUAUUAUUUAUCUUGUCUAAAGCAUUUCUCGUAUGCCAAACUGGAAUUCCACAUUUUUUGUAGCAGCAAUAAAAUGUACUUAAAUAUUUGUAUAA